AUGACGGAUACUUUCGAUUUCGACGCUUUCAUCUCCUCACCUUCGCAGGCAGAGAUCGCUCCUCCCGUCUCACCAAACAAUAGCGCUGCCGUCAACCUUGACAACCUCGGUAACCCUAUCGUCGCCAACGACGCAACUCACGUCAAUGCUUCUUCGCUUCUUGGCCCCACCAAUGUCAUGGUGCCAACCUUCUCCGCUCAAGGCAUUAGUGGCACAAUCGAUGUCAUGGCCGGUCCUACUCUCAUGAGUCACUCCGACUCAUCGCUCAUGUACGACAGCAAUUACAGCGGCUCGUUUGGAAAUGACUUGAUCGAAUCCUGGGAUAUGGGCUCUAAUGCAGCCGCUAGUGCUUCCGCACUCGACUUUGGUCACGUCUCAUCUUUGAACGUCAUGAACAACAGCAGUGGCGUCAUCGUUGCCGGUAUCAAUGACAAUGGCAUCAACCACACAGCUGCCACUGCUCAGACAUCUCUGCCAACCAACUCUGUACCCACCAUCCCUACUGCAGCAACAGGCGCUGAUCCCACUGCAUCCUACCGAGAUCAAAUCACCGCCCAUCACUCGCACCUCAUGACCACCAGCACCAUGGCGGGUCCCGAUGGCGCUGCUAGCCGCAGUACCUCUUCCAUCCCCCGCGUUUCAACCUUCAAGCGUGUCCAGCCUCCCAUGCACCGCGGUAUUACCAUGCCGAACGCUGCGCGCGCCAAUCUCAGCCUACAAGAGCGCCGACGCUUGUCCCGACAGGCAGCUAAACGAGGCGCUACCAUGGCCCAACCCCAGCAGCCUUUUGCACAUUCCGUUCAGCAGGCGGCAGCACACGACGCCGGCUCCACCAUCCCUGCUGUCGCUGGCAGAGGCGCUAAGCGCGCUAUCAACGUAGACAACGGCCAGAUCAGCACCACUCCGCAGCAGAGCUUGCCCCUGCCAUCCCGCAGUGUAUCCUUCAUGAACGACUCUUCUGGCUCGUCCGUGUCGUCAGCCAGCCUCUCCCCUCAGAAGAUGCAGGACAGUCGCUCUCAUUCCUUUGCUGUGACCCAAACCGCGGGCCUUCACGCCGAUAAUCGCGGCGUUGAUGUACCGUCGCAUGUGUAUCAGGGCAGCUUCAACACCAUCUCGGGCGAGGCCAUCCCAACCUCGAACAAGUACUCGAGCUCGGGCGUCGAUGUCCUUGGCAUCCUUUCGCGUGCCAUCACUCGGCCCAAUCCUAGCAUCACCCUCGGCCCUGUUGACCUUUCCUGCUCUUUUGCCAUCUCUGAUGCGCGCCACCCGCAGCAGCCCCUCAUUUACGCCAGCGAGACCUUCUGUCACUUGACUGGCUAUAUGCUGCACGAGAUUCUCGGUAAAAAUUGUCGAUUCCUUCAAACACCCGGCGUGCCCUUGGAAGCUGGUGCUGAACGUCAGCACACUGACAAUCGCGCCGUAGAGCAUCUCAAGCGACACCUCACUGGCUUCCGAGAGUGUCAGGCGAGCCUAAUCAACUACCGAAAAGAUGGCAGCCCGUUUAUUAACCUCGUCACCGUGGUCCCCGUUUCGUGGUCGGAUCCGUCGCAGGUCGACUUCCUGGUCGGCUUCCAGGUCGACCUAGUCGAGCAGCCUGGCGCCAUCUUGGAACGCAAGGAAGAUGGCUCGUACCUCGUCAACUAUCGCUCCAUCAACGAUCCCCCGCCUUCGGCUGUCCUAGGUGCAGAUGACACGGCCAAGGAUGCCGACGCCGAAGCAACAAAACAAGCCGCUAUCGCCGCCGAUAUUCUUGAUCUCAUCCAUGGUGUGGGUCCUUGCGACUCGAAACAGUGGUCGCGUGUGCUUCUGGAAAAUUCGCACGACCUCAUCUACGUGCUGUCCCUCAAGGGUACCUUCUUGUACGUGUCGCCGUCUAUCGAGCGCAUCCUUGGCUACACGUCCGAGGAAGUGAUCGGAAAGUCGAUCUCGGAAUUUUGUCAUCCCAGCGAUGUCGUGCCUGUCUUUCGCGAGCUCAAGGACUCGACGAGCAACGCCAGCAUUGCCGCAGCUGCCUCGCGUAACAUCCGUACCGAGGGGGUCGCCAACCCAUUGACCAAGGGCGGGGGCGGGCAAGCUGGUCCUCGCGUCAACCUGAUCAUGCGCAUGCGACACAAGCAUGACGGUCAUCGUUGGAUUGAAAGCACCGGUAAGCUGCACCUCGAACAGGGCAAGGGUCGUAAAGUCGUCAUAUCCAGUGGUCGUCCUCGUCCUGUCUACAACUUGGCAUGGGAGCACGUUCGUCGUAGCGCAGAGGCAGCCCAGCCUUCGUUCUGGUCCAAGCUCUCAAUCGAUGGAAUUUUCCUCAGUACUACCGGGCCCAUUGCUGAGGUGCUCAACUGCGAGAGCAAGGACCUUUUUGGUCGCCAUGUGCUCGAAAUGACCAACUACGAAGCCGCACCUUCCCUGUUGCAAGCUUUGCGCAGCAGCCAGGCCAUGGGUGUUUCGCACAUGAUGGGCGACGGCGCAUGCAACACCACACCAGUUUUCUCAUCCUUCUAUCCCUCAUCAGCCGCCGCCGGACCUGCGCUGCCAACCGUAUUCGUCCACAUCCAGCGCGCAUCUCCCGAAAGUGCAUGGAUGAUUCCCAAUGUCGCAUACCCGAAGGGCGGCCCGCAACCCGCCUUUGAUGCGACCGGUACUAGCGUUGAUUCGCUGACAUCGGUCUUUGCCGAAUUGUCGACGUACCGCAGCUCGUCCUGGGUCUUUGAGAUGCAUCAGCUCAAGAACGUCAAUCGCCGACUCAAGGACGAGAUCCGCGCACUGCGCCGUCAGUCGAGAGAUCGAUUCUCCGCCGGCGGGCAGCUCUCGUCCACCACUCUGGGCGGGCUACCGAUGCCACAGAGCCCCACCUUGGUAGGCGUGGCAGGUGGUCGUCGACGUAGUGGACCCGCAGAUGCUUUGUCGCUCGGUGCCCGGCAAAAUUCGACAGUUCCUCAUAUCCAGAUGCCGAGCCCCAUCAAGCGACGACCCGACCACGGCCAUGGUCAUCGCCAGCACCUGCGGCCGACAGCGGCGCUGUCAUAUCUACACGCUGGUCACAGUACUGAUUUCAGCAGCAGCAGUUCCGGAUCCGAGAUCUCUCCUUUCGGCGAAAGGGCGCCAGACAAUCGCCGCUCGGGCUCCGGAGAUGCUUCGGACGAGACAGCAGCUACUACCGCUACUUCAGGCGACACUUCCGAGAAGGAUGGCUCACAGAGCGUUAGCGGUACUGGCAGCAGCCGCGAAAGUCGUCGCGGCUCUGGCUCGGCCGAAGCCUGA